CGACCCGCCCCCGGUGAGUAAUCUCUUUCAGCACUCAGUCCGAAAACAACGAGGAGGCUUUAUCAAGAGAAAAAAGUGUGUUCAGCCAGCGCGGGGUUGUUUUCAGAAGACACACAGAGCCGCCCGGCUUUCGGCUUAUUCUUUGUCGCUUUUAGCCCGCUGCUGCUCGUCCAAAGCUGGCGCUGAAGCUGCGAGGGAUGUAGGGGCCGUCUAAGCCGCCUGGUGUUGUUGGGUUAACGAUGGAGGGACCUGCCACAAGGCAAGUGAUGACCGUUAGCCGUUAGAAGUUAUGGCUUAAAGAGUUUGAGUUGUGUUUGUCAGACGGUGCCUCGGACGACGACGACGACGACAUGCCCCUGACGCUGCCGACAGACAGCAGCCACAGCGGGAGCAUCCGCAAGGGCUGCGAUCCCUUCGCUCAGACUCAGCGCAGUAAACUGCAGCAUCGACGGGCUCGCAUCAACCAGCAGAUCAACAAGGAGAUGCGCAUGAGAGCAGGAGCCGAGAAUCUUUUUAGGGCAACAACCAACAGCAAGGUAAAGGAGACUGUGGCCCUGGAGCUCAGCUUCGUCAACUCCAACCUGCAGCUGCUGAAAGAAGAGCUGGAAGAGCUGAACAGCAACAUGGAGAUCUACCAGACAGACAGUGAUGCCAUCAGCGUUCCCAUGAUCCCCCUUGGUCUUAAAGAAACUAAAGAAGUGGACUUUACUGUUCCUAUCCAGGAUUUCAUCUGUGAGCACUACGGAGAGGACAGCAGUCUAUACGACAAGGAGAUCAAAGAGCUGAUCGAGCUCAGACAGGCGAUGCGUACACCCAGUCGUAACCAGGCUGGACUAGAGCUACUGAUGGAGUACUACAAUCAGCUGUACUAUUUGGACCAGCGCUUCUUCUCUGCAAACAGGAACCUGGGCGUUCACUUUCACUGGUACGACUCUCUGACAGGGGUCCCGUCGUCUCAGCGCUCGCUGGCUUUUGAGAAGGGAAGCGUGCUGUUCAACAUCGGAGCGCUGUACACGCAGAUGGGAGCGCGGCAGGACCGCUCGGCGACGGCCAGCGUCGACAAGGCCAUAGACGCCUUUCAGCGAGCUGCAGGUGCAUUUCAUUACCUUAAAGAGAACUUCUCCAACGCUCCCAGCCUGGACAUGAGCGCCCCGUCUCUCGGCAUGCUGGUCCGCCUGAUGGUCGCUCAGGUGCAGGAGUGCGUCUUUGAACGCAUCACGAUCACCACGCAGGACGCACAGUUUGCCUCCCAACUGCAGCUGGCGCAAGAAGCUGCGCAGGUGUCAGACGUUUACUUGCUGGUGCACCAGACGAUGACGCAGCCUCUGAUGAAGGACUAUGUGCCGUUUUCAUGGGCCUCCAUGGUCCAGGUCAAGUCUGAGCACUUCCGCGCUCUCUCACACUAUUACGCAGCCGCUGCCCUCUGUGAGCACACGUCAUCUUCUGACGGGGAGGAGCGUGAAAAGGAGGCAGAGAAGGCCUUCCUCAAGUUUUACGUCAACGCUCCUUCGGGGGAAACUCUCAGCCAGAUCCUGCAGGAUCCCGAAAAACGGCGAAAGCUCGGUAAAGCCCACCUCCGGCGCGCAGUGAUGAGGCACGAGGAGGCCCUGCGGGUCCACGGUCUGUGUAAGAUCCUGAGGAAGAUGGACAUCCUGCAGGACGUGCUCUGUCAGACGCACAAACGCUCCUUGGAGAGCUACUUGGAGCUGGACCGAGAAGACGACUUUGACGAAACCGCAGAAGCCCCAGAAAUACAAGCUCACACCCAGCAGAAACCAGACAUCUGUCCGCCAAGCUUCUCCACAGUCCAGGUUACUGACAUCUUUCAAAGACUGGGUCCCUUGUCGGUGUUUUGUGCGAGGGCCCGCUGGGGCCCCACACGCGUGAUCCACCUGCAGAGAAGAGAAGGCGGGAUGGGUCUCACGCUGCGAGGGGACUCCCCUGUCCUGGUGGCUGGAGUGGUGCCUGGCGGCUGUGCAGAGGAGGCAGGACUAAGGGAGGGAGACUACAUCGUAGCGGUGGAUGGACAGGACUGUAAGUGGGCCAAACACGGGGAGGUAGUCCACAUGCUGAAGAGCUGCAGCGACCGAGAAGUAGCGAUCAGCGUGGUGACGUUACACUCACACGACGCCCAGGUGGAGAGAAAAGCCGCCAUGCUGUCCCACUGCGGCGACAAAGAAAACGCUCGCCAACGCCUGCUGGGCGGGGCCAAGGGUCAGAGCUCCGCCUCCCUGUUGAACUGGAACAGGAAGAAAAAGAGGGAAGGCAGCGGUGUCGCCAAGAAACUGGGAAGCACUUUUAGUUUGUCGUUUGGAAACAUCCGUGACACAGAGGCCAUGUACUGAGACGAGUCUGUCGGCAGGGCGGGGCGGG